AUGAAGAACAAAUCCUUGGAAUUAGAUUUUAUUCUUGUAGGAUUAACAGAUGAUCCACAGUUGCAAAUUGUAAUAUUUUUGUUUUUAUUUCUUAACUACACACUGAGCCUGAUGGGCAACUUAAUAAUUAUCCUUCUUACCCUACUGGAUCCUCGCCUCAAGACACCUAUGUACUUUUUUCUCCGUAAUUUUGCAUUUUUAGAAGUGAUAUUCACAACAGUAUGUAUCCCCAGAUUCCUGUUAACUCUUCUGACUAAAGAUAAAACCAUCUCAUACAACAAUUGUGCAGCUCAAUUAUUUUUUAUUCUUUUACUUGGAGUUACAGAAUUUUACCUCCUGGCUGCCAUGUCCUAUGACCGUUAUGUUGCUAUCUGCAAACCUUUGCAUUACCCAAUCAUUAUGAACAGCAAAGUAUGUUAUCAGCUUGUGCUCAGCUCUUGGGUCACUGGAUUUUUAAUCAUUUUCCCCCCACUGGCUAUGGGUCUGAAACUGGAUUUUUGUGAUUCCAGAGUAAUUGAUCACUUUAUGUGCGAAACUUCUCCAAUCCUACAGAUUUCAUGCACAGAUACUCAUGUCCUAGAAUUAAUGUCUUUUAUCUUAGCUGUGGUGACGCUUGUGAUCACUCUGUUGUUAGUAAUAAUUUCCUAUACUUGCAUUAUUAGGACCAUUCUAAAAUUCCCUUCUGCACAACAAAGAACCAAAGCUUUUUCUACUUGUACCUCUCACAUGAUUGUUGUCUCCAUCACUUAUGGUAGCUGCAUCUUUAUGUAUAUAAAACCUACUGCAAAAGAACGAGUGUCAGUAUCCAAAGGUGUAGCACUGCUGUAUACUUCAGUUGCUCCUUUAUUAAAUCCCUUUAUUUACACCCUGCGAAACCAGCAGGUGAAACAAGUCUUCUGGGAUCUGUUACAAAAAACGUAUUUUUCAAAGAAACGACUUUAA